GAUUCAUUGAGCUGGUGUUAUCACCCUCGAGUAAUAAACAUUGCAAUUUUACUACGAAAAAAAAGGUUUACACAUCUUUUUUAUGGGAUUUAAGGCGUAUUGAAGAAAAAAGCCUCUUGACUAGUGAUUUUGUUAUGGAGCAGAAAGACUGCCCUGAGUGAUGCAAUGUCUGACUGACAGACGAGUGACUCCUGCAUUCCUGAAUAACAAUCCUGAUUAAAUAAAUUCCUAAAAUGUCUGUGGAGCUGAAGAAAUUUUUGUAUCAGCUGUUGACCAGUGUCGAGGGUCUUCACAGCAUAUUGAUAACAGAUCGCGAUGGUGUCCCUGUGGUAUCAGUGUCCAGCGAUAAGGCACCAGAGCUGGCCAUGAGGGCGAGUUUCCUUUCAACAUUUGGAAUGGCAACUGAUCAGGGGAGCAAACUAGGUCUUGGAAAGAAUAAAACAAUUAUUUGUAUGUACAGUAGUUACCAGGUGGUGCAAAUGAACAAACUACCUCUUGUCGUGAGUUUUAUAGCAUCUCACGGCUGCAAUACAGGACACAUUCUCUCCCUGGAGAGCAGAAUUGAUCCAAUCCUCAGUAAUCUGAAGAACGCCGUCGUGGAAGCCUGAUGGUUACCCGUCGUUCACUACGGGUGAUAAAAUCCUUGUGACGAAAAUAAACAAAAGCGAAUGUGAUUCUCUGAAAACGAGACUUUCAUCGAGUGUGAUUUCAAUCGAGUAAAAAGAAAAACUAUCGGUUAAACUUGAAAAAUAAUCACGAUAGCCUGUGCUGGCAAUUGAGAAGCGCCAGGAAAAUCUAUAUCAAACGACAACAUAAAUUUUACAAUGGGUGUAUAAAGAGAAUAAUUUUCAAGACUACUAAUAAGAUUGAUUACUGAAUCUGUAUAUUGAAAGACUAUUAUUAAAAAUGCAAGUAUACCAUAAA